AUGAUGUUCGAAAAAUUGCCCCUGGCGCCGUACAUCGACACGAGCACGGUCCUGCAGGACACUGUGGAGAAUGUACUGGCGAGCUCCCACAGUCUUCUAAACACCACGCGGCGCCUCAGCGACGCUGGGGUCAAUGACGCCUCUUUUCUGGAGGAUGAGUCCUUCGCCGGACAGCUGCCCCGCGCGGCCCACAGAGGUUCCGUGUCCGAGAGCUUUGGCGCCACCAUCGGCAUCUUUCAAAGUCAGCUUGAAGAGUGCCGCGAUGUCCUGCGCAUGGUUGACAGCGAACGCCGCUUCUACCGCGAGAAGGCGCUGGAAAUGCAAAACACGCUGGGGGAGGAGAGCAAAGAGGUAAAGCACUUGCGCUUGCAAAUCGCCGAGUCACAGCGAGAACUUCGCAAGGCCCAACGGAGUGCCAUGGGGGCCCAAAAAAAGAUGCGUGAAAUGGAGGCGGCCCUGGCGAGCGCCACGGAGGAGCAAAUGCAUCUGCGCCGCUACUUACGUGCAAUGCCGCGGGACCAGGAGGAACUCCUCCUGUUGGUUCCGGAUCGGCGGUUUGAGGAGGCCUUCCGCGACAAGAUGUGCGCGAUAAAGUACAAGCGUCUCUACAAUCGCGCGCGAGAGUUGCACGAACAAGGAUCGGAGCGCAUGGAACGGAGUCGAAUGGCAAUGGAGGACAAUUUCUUGGAGAAACCCACGUUGGAGGAUUUGGCAGCUAGCCUCGGCAGCACCCAGCUUUCCGAAUCUCUCAUGUUUCUGAACAUGUCUUCAUUAGCUGGGGCUUCAAACAGUUUGUCGUCGUCGCAGCGCUUGUUCACCGGCGGGGCGAGGGAGCUUGUGAAAUUUCCGUUUCAGCUUCCCUUUACCCAUGUCACGCCAAGGGACGGCUACAUCAAGACACAGAUUCAACGAUCGGCGUAUGCAGAGCCGCUACGAAGAUUCCGUGAGGGAUUUGUUCGGUUGACUCAUUUGCUCAAGCGAACACAGGACGUGGGGGUGCGCAACAUGUAUGCUGUGAUGCUCGAGUCUUUGCGGACCGGUGUCGCUGCAUCGUCGCCCAUCCUCCCCGACCCCAUGAAGGCCUUUGAGGCGGCAAUUGAGAAAGUACAAGGCUCGCACCGUGACCUGUUGUACGAGCUGCUGGAACUGGCAAAUUCCUCUGUGCUUAUGUUGGUGGAGAAUGAGGCCCAGGUUAACAAAAAACCGUCUCUUUCCAGACGUGACGUCGGGUGCGGUGAGUACCUUACUACUCCGCUGGAUAUGCGCAUUGCUAGCCUUGAGACCCGACUUGAGACGCAGCGUCGCAAGAGUGCAUCGGAUGUAACGGGGGCCCUUCUCGGCAAUUUCCAGGUGAAGACAAACUACACGGAGAUGCGAAGAAAGACCAAGACAACAUUACAACAGUUGCUGACCCUGCAUGCUGCCUUGCAGCAAACUGUACAGGCUGUGCAGGCCCAUUGCCUUCUGAAUGAAGCGAAGCCGAACGAUGUGUUUGCGGAUCUUUUCAUUGCCGCAAGUGAUGCCGCGGUGGAGGACCCAAGGUAUGAGACGAAAGUCGCUGAGGCUGUUGAAGCGGAUCUGCAGCAGGCUGCCCAACUUGGUGACUCCCUGUUACAAGCCGCGAAACUUGCAACAGCCCCGGACAAAGAGAAGGGCAAACCGCGUAAAACCACGGGGGUGUCGCUGAGAAAGCGGCAGUUGGAGCGGCAGCAAGGCUCCCGGCCGGUUCCUUUUCCUCAGGGCAACGGCGUUGAAUCUCGAAAGUCGAUCGGCUCGUUGAAUGAGACGCGCUCCGCCUCCUCCAAAAGGGGGUCAGUUUUGCCGCGAGGUUUCAGCGGCGCAGGCAGUUCAGACAACCCUGUCGUGGCACGUAACAGCGUGGCAGAGGCGAGGGACAGCGAGGCGCUGAAGGCGGCGACGAAACUUAGUCUGGGUGCCGCUGUGGGCCCGAACCCGGGCGGUCGCUCGAAGGGGGCUCCUGCGCCGCCGGUCUACAAAGCAAGGUCCUCUUUCUCCAAGCAAGACCGCCUGCCGGGCGCCCAGAAUUUGGUGCAGCCUGGCCUCUCCAAAGUAAGCCUCCCGCAGUUCAUGCUCAGCGAGGGUGAGCAGCAGUGA